CGUCUCCGUGCAAGGCCUGCGCGCCACGGAGGAAGGCCUGCGCGCUAUUCACGUAACGGAGGCAUCCAUUCAGUGUGCGUUCGAUUUUGAUCCAUAGGGUUGUUGCCCAGUACACUGUCUCGUUGAAGCCUACUAAAUACGUCUUAUCAGAUGCUUGGCGCUUGGUGUUGUGCGUAAUCCUGUGCAUCGUGAAUGUGGAGGUGAUCAACUCCCCGUUGAAAGCAGCGCUCUCCGCUUGGCAAUGGCAUCUGGGUCUCGCGGUCCAAACUCCCGGGUGUUCUGCCCCGACCACCCGGAUGCCGCGUUGGUGGAGGACUACAGGGCGGGCGACAUGAUCUGCCCGCAGUGUGGACUCGUCGUCGGCGACAGGAUCGUGGACGUGGGCACGGAGUGGAGAGUGUUCUCCAACGAAAAGAGCAACAGCGAUCCGGCCCGAGUCGGAGCGUCCGAGAAUCCUCUGUUGAACGGCAGCGACCUGGCCACGAUGAUUGGCAAAGGAACGGGAGACGCUAGCUUCGACGAGUCCGGCACGGCAAAGUACCAGAACCGCAAAACCAUGAGCAGCGCGGACCGAGCGCUCAUGAACGCGUUCCGAGAGAUCAGCAAUAUGGCAGACAGGAUCAACCUGACCAAGACCAUAGUGGACCGAGCGAACCUUCUCUUCAAGCAGGUCCACGACGGCAAGACGCUGAAAGGGCGCAGCAACGAUGCCAUCGCGUCCGCGUGCUUGUACAUAGCUUGCCGCCAGGAAGGGGUGCCGCGCACCUUCAAGGAGAUAUGCGCCGUGUCCAAAGUCUCCAAAAAGGAAAUCGGCCGUUGCUUCAAGCUCAUUCUCAAGGCUCUGGAGACGAGCGUGGACCUUAUCACGACCGGAGACUUCAUGUCCCGGUUCUGUUCCAACUUGGGCCUGCCUUCGUCCGUUCAAAAGGCCGCCACGCACAUCGCUCGCAAAGCCGUUGAGCUGGACAUCGUUCCCGGUAGUCCCAUUUCGGUGGCGGCGGCUGCCAUCUACAUGGCCUCGCAGGCCUCCGAAGACAAGAAGUCUCAAAAAGAAAUCGGCGACAUAGCUGGCGUGGCUGACGUGACCAUACGACAGUCGUAUAAGCUCAUGUACCCCCGCGCUGCCGAGCUGUUCCCCAAGGACUUCAAGUUCUUCACACCCAUUGAGCAGCUGCCUCAGUCAUGAGACAACCAUCCCUCACUUUUGUUACCCUCUUUACUACUUUCACGCUGCUCUUCUGCGUCUUUUCGUUCCACCGUGGAGAAGAAAAAAAAAAAACGUGACGUCUGCAGGGAUUAUGUGCUUUCGAAACCUUAGGGACACUUUUUUGCAUUUGCUUACUGUAAUGGCACCAGCACCGUAUUUACUUGGAUACAAGUAUGCACACCUAUCAAAUAAAGCCAGUCAAAGAUUGGGUAGCUGCCGUGUUUGUGCCGUGUUGGCCGCUGCAAUCCCACAGCGACCGUCUUAGAGAUCAGCAAGCCUGUUUCACACUCUGUGGCACAAAAUUGCGGCAAUGACAGUAGAUGAAUUAAUUGUAGUAAUUGAAAUAAAAGUAACUUUUUAAUAAGUGUAAUGAACAAUUCAGGAAGGGCACAAGCCCUUUUUUUUCAUAAUAUUUAGACAUGCUUUUGAUUUACUUUUGUGCUUCUUAUGUAUUCUUAAGGCUAGGCAUCAUAGUUUGUCAUCAGACUUACAGAGAGUAGUUGAACAGUCUCAUGACUUACCUAUUCAUUGAAGUGCUGUACCAGCGCGAGCAAUACGAGCAGCAAUAUGGAAGCACAUGGCAAAUGGCUGUCAAACCCCGAUUCGAGCGAGACACAGAUGGAGCCUCACAAAUGUAGCGGAAGGGGUGACACUUUUCGCUUGCUGUGGCCCCUCGCACGACCGGCAAAACGUAUAACGCAAAUAACAGCUUUAUAUUCUAGCGUCUCUUGAGGCCUCACAAUCUGUAAUGAGCAGCAUUGUUCAUCUUAGUCGUGUUUUUCCCUGUAUCUCCAUUUUGAAACAUUUCUGUAUUUCCAUUUGAAACAUUUCUGUAUUUCCAUUUGAAACAUUUCUGUAUCUCCAUGUCUGUAACAAGUGCACACAAAAGCUAUUAAAAGCAAAUUGAUUGCAGUAUCUUUCACAGAUUUAUUGACAGCCCUUUGCAACAGUUGGUAUAGCAAUAACCACCUUACAUGAGCAGCCAGUGAUACGCAAUCCCCUUAGUGAAUCAGGACUGCCCAAACAGUUAGCGGAACCACAGCGCCCUUUCCACUUUGUUUUCGAUAGCGGGCCACCUCUGAUCGUCCCACAUUAUAUUUGAGGCUAUUUGCCAUGUGUUAGCGUGUUGCAUUCAUAUUACUUAUUUUCAUAUGUUAGAAAUGAUGAGGGAGAGAAAUAUACGGAUAAAGAUGUGUCAACCAGACGAGUGCCAUGUUUUCAGCUGUACCCUUGGCGUAUGUUGAAAUUGAAAGAGAAACUGCUGUAAAUUGUGGUACGAAGGAUGCUCAGUAAACACAGGAAUCCAUAUUA